AUUCAGAACGCGUCCAAUGAAUUUUUUGCUCUUCGCAUUAGCUUCUCUGGUGACAGGCUUUGUAAGUCCGAGCAUUGAACAGAUUUCCAGGAGCUCGGUCCAAUCUCUUGGUUCUCAUCUAAAUCGGUCUGACGCGGCUUGUCCUGGACGAUGUGAGAGUGGUUGGACCUACUUUGACAAAACGGAUGCUUGUUAUAAGACUUUCUUCUGGAAACCUUUCUACGAAGCCGAGAGCAUUUGUAGAAAUGUUGGAGCGCAUUUGACUUCAAUCCACAACGCUGAUGAAAAUCACUUCGUAGCAGACCUGGCAAUGUCAGGUUUGAAGAUUGAUGAUAGUAAUAAAGGGACUUGGAUAGGAUUAAGACGAGCUGAUUAUUUGAAUAGCGAGAAGUGGCUUUGGACUGACGGUACAGAAGUUGGCUUUCUAGCAUGGGCUCCUACUGAACCGAAUAACAUGAACAGGAAUGAACGCUGUGUGGAGUCGUACACUGAUAUCACUGGAGACGCUUUGACGUACCAUAAAUGGAACGAUUUGCCCUGCGACAGUAUAAUGAGAUCGUUCGUAUGCAAAAAAUUAGCUUUGCAAUAAAGUUAUACCCCACAUGGAUUUGAUUAUUAUGCUUAAUGGCUACAAAGCUGGACAAAGUGUCAAUAAAUUUGUG